AUGGUAUUACUGCCUAUCGCAGUCCUACAUUACAGGGGCAACGAUUUUAGUUUUGUGGGUAUAACAUCAGUAUGUAUGCUCUACUUGAUAAUAUUUUUGAAAUUGUGGAGUUACACUCAAACUAAUUAUUGGUGCCGCCUUGGAUUAAAGAAGAAGUAUUCGGAUACUAAACUUCGCAGGCAGAGUUUGUCUGCACCCAACUGGAAUAAACUUGUUUCGGCUGACCAAGAGCAGAGUAAGGAGGACCUAAUCAAUGAUACUCCGGCUGCAGCGAGACUGACCAAGUACCCGGAUAAUCUGAACUUAAAAGAUUUGGUUUACUUUAUGUUGGCCCCCACCCUUUGUUAUGAGUUGAAUUUCCCCAGAACUGCACGGAUCAGGAAGCGUUUUGUAAUUAAAAGAGUAUUGGAGCUGUUCUUCGGGAUAAAUCUAGCUUUGGCAUUGUUCCAACAAUGGAUGAUACCCACCAUCACGAAUUCUGUGGAGACUUUCACCAAGAUGGAUCCUAUAAGGAUAACGGAGAGAUUAUUGAAAUUAGCUGCGAGCGCCAUGCAGACCCUGCCCCCGCAGCCGCACCGAGAUGGCGAAGACGAUCAGCUCGCCGACGAGUACGUGCAAAACUUUGAACUCGAUCAUCUCGAGGACCAUAAUGUUGUGAAACGUGAACCUCUCCGUACUGGCUGGCAAGAGAUGGUGGAGCCGCCACCAGCCUGUGCUCGGGCAUGCCGACCGUGGCCUGACGCGGGCCCGUAUCCCCAGCCACACGUAGCUAUCGCUGUGGACCCCAGUACACCUCCGGAGACGCCGCCAGCGCCUGUUGGCCGAAGUCCCUGUCGAGCAGCGCUAGUUGAUGACGUUCUUUGGCUUCCACACAUGCGAGAACCGCUCGACAUGCGUACAGUUCCUUGUGGCAGUUUUGAAGAAUGGGAUCGUCGUGAGUGGCGAGAGCAGGAACACCACAUGCAACAGGUCGCGCUGCGGCCAGCCAGCUCCUGCUCAGCCAUGUCUCCUCGAACCGGACCUCAUCCAUCCUAUCAGCCAUCCUCCUGUGGGGAUGACCUCAUAAGUGACGACUUGCUCAUGACGUUAAGUGUACGAGAACUCAACAAACGACUUCAUGGUUUCCCUCGGGAAGAUGUUACACGGCUUAAGCAAAAAGACGCACACUGA